UCUGUUUAAAUCCCAGGAAACUACAGUAAACGAGUGUAUCAAGGUGUGAGAGUGAAACAUACAGUCAAAGACCUACUGGCAGAAAAACGAUCCAGGCAGACAAGUAAUUCAAGAUAUAAUGGCAGUGCCAGUUCUUCUCAGUCUCCAUUUGUCCAGAUGCCAGGUUCUCCAGUGAUGUCAGGUUACUAUGGUGUCAGAAGAUCUUUCUUAUCUGACUCAGAUUUCCACAACACUAAACAGUUUUCAAAUGACGUCUACACCUCAAGUGUGGCUAAACCCUUUUCCUGCGAGUCCUCCACAGGGCAGAGCUAUCCCGGCCUGCUGGAAUCCUACUUCCCGGAGCCCUACGGAGACUACCGCCCCCCAGCCCUGACUCCCAAUACCGGCUCCAUGUUCAGCGCCUCACCCCUGCCUCCGCUCCUGCCGCCACCCUUCCCCGGUGACCCCACACACUUUGUAUUUAGGGACUCGUGGGAGCAGACGGUGACUGACAGUCUCAGCCAGCCAGACCCCAUGCCUGCAGAUGUCCCGCAGACCUUGCCGUCCAGCACCAGUUGCCUGCCGCAGCUGGAGCCAGGGAGCACUGUCCAGCACAGGAGCUCAAACUGGGGGGCUGCCCUGGCUGGGGCUCAGCCUUACUCGCUUCAUGGGCUGGAAGAGCUGCACCACACACCAGGGUACCCCACCCCACCCCCCUACCCUUUCACCCCUUUCAUGACUGUUGCAAAUGACCUAACCCCAAAGGCCGUGCCACUCUCCACGGAUGAGGCGGCAGAAGCCCCUUCUCUUCACGACCCUUCUCCAUGGAUGAAAGAAGAUGGAGGCCUGGUGUGGGGGCUGUAUGAAUGCCAUCGAGCCUACUGAGGGGCUGGACAAAAGGACUUCUACUGUGCUUUCCUUUAGGUUGGGUUCUGUAUUCCACAGAUUGUUUGAGGUGUGUCGGUGUGUUGAGAACUGGAUUUUCAGGAUAAGCUAUAAUGCCACCCUUUGUUAGUGGACAAUGGCAUUUAUUUGUAAUCCUCCCCACCACCACCUACCUGAAAUAUAACACAAUGUUAAUUAAA